AUGUUUACGUCUGCCACGGUCUGGAAAAAACGUUUGUCGCCUGAUGCUGAGGCACAGCGUUAUUGUGAGGCAGGUCUUGACAAGGACGGCUUUGAAGUCAAAUAUAUAUCAGACUAUAAAGGGUUUGGCGUAUUUAGUGUGGCUGAGCAUGCGAAAGGGGAUUUUCUAUUACAAUAUGCUGGGGAGAAAAUAACGAAGAACGAAGCAACUGAAAGGAUGAAAAAGUCAACAGAAAACAAAUUCUUCUUCUAUUGCUACAAAGGACAGGACUUAUGGACUUUCUGUGAUGGUUUGGGGCUAACAAUGUUUUCUACCUUCUACAUACCGGGCCGGUACAUGUACAUGCUAACCUACAGUGGUGAAAAAGAGCAUUGAUGCAGAGGGUGUCAGUAACAGCAUUUGUCAUUUUGUGAAUGAUGCAGACAAAACAGCCAAUUCAGUAAUGAAGCUUAAAGUUUUUCAUGAAAAGGAGUACCUCUGUCUGUAUGCUAUGAAGGAUAUACAGCCAGGGGAAGAAAUUCAAUAUAAUUAUGGGGACAAAGAGAACCUUUGGUGGAGGAGCAAGGUAAAGUAUAUUAACUAACAUCAUGGAGAAACUGAAAUUAUAUACAUGUAAUUGAUAAAUAAUAAAAAUGAAAAAAAAAAAACAUUAAAAUUUUUUGAAGAUGUUAUUUAAUGUUAAUUGUUUUAACUUCAUACCCAAUGUUUAAGGUUCACAUUUUUUGUAUGUUUGUUGCCCUCAUGUCUGUCUAUCUGUCUGUAGAUUCAAUUUAUUUUAAAUAUCCUGCAUGGAUAAAUUAAUUUAAAUAUGUGUGGAUAUGUUAAACAAUAUCACAACAUGUUUGAACUAAAUUAAAUGUUCUGUGUUGGUUGGCAUGGA